UCCUGAUGAGUCCUUUCCCCCACUUCCUUCAGGUGGCAUGCCAGUUGCACCCCCUCAGGCAGGACCAUGGAGCCCAUCAUCUUUAGUCUUCACUCAGCCUACUUCCGUGGUCCCGGGAGCCGUGAUGGGUGGUCAAUCCUCAGGAUUCGGGCAGCCCAUCAUCUUUAACACAAACCCAGCUGUUCCAGGUUGGAACCAGCCUUCUGCUUCCCCUCCAGCCCCUGCUGUUUGGGGCCCAUCAGCAUCUGUGGCACCCAACACAUGGUCAUCAACAAGCCCUUUGGGGAAUCCUUUCCAGAGCAAUAUUUUUCCAGCUGCUGCGCAGCCUGCUUCCAUGCUCUCCUCUCUCCUGGCCACUCCUCCUCAACCACCUCCCAGAACUGGCCCUCCAAAGGACAUCUCCAGCGAUGCCUUCACUGCCUUGGACCCACUUGGGGAUAAAGAAGUAAAGGAAGUGAAGGAAAUGUUUAAGAACUUCCAACUGCGGCAGCCCCCUGCGGUGCCCGCAAGGAAGGGAGAGCAGACUUCCUCCGGGACUUCAAGUGCCUUCUCCCAUUAUUUCAACAGCAGAGUUGGCAUUCCUCAGGAGAAUGCGGACCAGGAUGACUUUGAUGCUAAUCAGCUGCUGAAAAAGAUCAGUGAACCACCAAAGCCAGCUCCCAGACAAGGUGCCAUGCCAGUUACCAAAUCUGCUGACAAUGCAUUUGAGAACCCUUUCUCUAAUGAUCCUUUCAGUUCAUCACAAGCCUCUAUGACUUCUUCUCAACCCACAUCUCCUGAUGUACAUAAGGAUCCUUUUGGAAAUCCUUUUGCCUAGCUUCUGAAUUUGGCAUGCUGACUUUCCAGAGGAACAAAAAGACUGGCUUUAGGAGUCAAGGACAAAGCUAAUAGCCAACAAGUCCCGACCUCUGCCCAUGCUCCAGCUUUGACAUAUUAUCUGUUGCCUUAUUUCUUGCUGCCUCUUGCACUUGUAAAAUGCCUUUCAUUUUCUAUUUAGGUUAAAGCUAAAUUGAAUCUAUGGCUUUAAAUAAAUUAAGAACCUAAACUCUCUAGCAUUUUUAAAUGUAAAUGAAGUAGUUUCCAUACUUGAACCCUUGCCUUUUGUAUCCCUAAAACCUUCUAGAACACUUUAUCAUGUACCCUCUGGUUAAGAGAUGCAGCCACCACAAACCCUUUGAUUAUACUGUUUUGAAUAAAUUUUAAAAUCUUUACUGUU